UGGGCGUGAGGAUCGUGAACUUCAACGAGUUCUCCUUGCUGCCAUUGCCAAUGCUCCCAAUAUCAAUAACGAGAUUAUGCGUGCGCUCCGUGGUUUACAUGACUUCAUCUAUCUUGCACAAUACAACAGUCACAGUAAAGCCACCUUGCGUUACAUGGGGCAAGCUUUGCACGCAUUCCACCUUAACAAGCAACAUUUCAUUGACCUUGGUGCUCGCAGAGGUAAAAAUGGUCCUUUGUACCACUUUAAUAUCACGAAACUCUAUGCCCUCCUCACCUAUGUCGGUCACAUUCAAGAGAUGGGUGCUUGUCCUCAAUACUCAACGGAGAUUACCGAAACUUGCCACCAGACCAUGGCAAAGCAGGCGUAUCGGGCCACCAAUAAGAGGGAUUAUGAGAAGCAGAUGUGUCGUUACCUCGAUCGUUCUGAUCGCACCUUUCUCCUCAAAGAGGUAUUGCGUUGGUGGAGAAAGCAAGAGAAGCGUGAUAUCCUCGAGGAGGCUAUUAAGGACCACUCACCGGAUUAUCAAACACUAGCUCGAGCUCUACUACUCGAGAGUGUUGAUGAGGAAAUGGUGUCACACUCACGGUCACAGGAGAGGGGCCACAUUUGGCUUAAUCUUAAACCCCAUCAUUCAAAGCGUUCUCUGGAGGACUUGGCAUCGAUCUAUAACAUUCCACACUUCCUGAGAGACAUUGCCACCUUCCUUUCUUCAUUCAACGCUCCCCUGUGGCCUAGUUCAGACAAGAUUGUAGACACGUGGUUGAACUGUCGUAUACAACUCCCCCUAGUGCAAGAUGAGGAUGAACAAGCGGCAAUACGCACUGUGCAGGCAUUACCACCAUCCCCAUCGCUACCUUAUGGGCGCUGUAGCUGUGUACUUGUCACUGAAGAUAAGGAUGCCUUCCCUACGGGCAUAGAUGCACCCUCUGCAUAUGAAGCCUUUGUCGAACGCUCCUUAUCACCUCGGAAGCAACCAUUGGGAGGUGUUGUAGAGCUGACGUCAAUUGCACGAUUUAUUCAGCUGGUACCAGAGUUCGGAUCUGAUGCAUCAAGCUCUCUCAGCCCGAACAAUAGUAUGGACAUAUUUUUGGGAGGGCCUUCAAGCCCCAACAAACAAGUGAUGGUCUUCUACGCACCUUGGAAAGACUUGUUUGAUGGAGACCUCUCAGACCUCGAAGAAGAUAACACAAUGUUAUGUGGAUGUGACCCAGCUUUACCGGCUCCUUUUAAUGAAGUCGAGUGGCAACAACCCCCAUUUGCAAACCCUAGAGCUGGAGCGCAGUUGGAUGGUCUUCCCCCCUUUUCUCCUGAGCCACUACGUAUCAAGCCUCUUACUUACAACCAGCCCUACAAGGACCAUCAGCAUACCAACAACCUGACCGAAUUACACACCAGUAGAAGGCACAGGCGUGGUGGGGCAAGGCAAAAGGCCCGAAAUGAAGCUCAGAACUCUGGUGCCAUGGAUAGCAACUCGAGCAACUCUCUCUUUCAAGGCACUCUGUGGAGAAAUAGAGUCGAGCAUCUGCUCCCCAAAGGAGUUGAUCCCCUUGCUUACUUCAAGAAGCGAGGGAAUGCCGGAUUAGCCAAGUCAAUUGCAGAAUCCAAACUCUUGCCCCCUAUGCUACACGUUCCUCCUGAAGGGUACUGGGUUCUUCCCAUUCGUGAUGUUCCUGGUUCUUCUUGGAUGCGAGGUUCGAUGGGUGACAAACCCUUGGAGGGUUGGGGCCCUCAAUACUUUGCAAUUCGAACACCUUCUGGUACUGUCUCUGAAAACGUCAUCAAGCGCAUUUUUGUUCAAGUGAAGUUUCUCCUUGAUGGUGAUCAGGUUUCGCACAAGCCAAUCAAACCUUACAUGAAAAAUGACCAAGCUCGUUCUGAAUUUGAUGCUCGCCAUGUUGGUAUCAUCGGUCAUUAUGGAAAGGAUGAUGUUGGUCCUCGUGGACUUCGUCUUUCCAAGGACACGUUCAAGCAAGGGGCCGUCGAAAUGGAUGCGCUUAGCAUGCGACAGCGAACACUGGCCCUCCUGGAACAAGAGACAUGGGAUCAUGCAGCCGACUUUGGAG